UUCUUGUAUUUAUUUAAGAACGCAAGAUAUGUCUCAGAUGCUGUUAAUCUGUCUUUCCUGCAUAAUUUCGCGUCUAACCACCGCUUUGAAAAACGGGUCAAAGAAGCCUCCCUCGCGUCGGUACCCACGCGUUUAGAGUGAUUGUUGCAUGGGAGAUGGGAUGCAAGCGUAUUUGAGGGUUGUCUCGUUAGAACAUAUCCACAAAGGUUGAUGAUCUCUCUGGCCAAGAUGGAUGCUACCCAAGUGUGGCGGAUCCUGGUGGUUGUGCGUCUGCUCAGCGUCUUCGUGCCGCAGUCCGGAUAUCUCCACCCAGAUGAGUUCUUCCAGACCACGGAAGUUGUCGCAGGUGAUAUCCUUGAUGUCCAACACCACAGAACUUGGGAGUUCACUUGGGAGAAUCCAAUCCGCUCUAUCCUGCUCCCCUACGCUGCCUAUGGACCGGUCCUGUUCCUGUUGCGUCUGCUGAAUCUGGCCACCCCGUGUCUGGUGCUGGUGCUGCCGAGGCUGGUCAUCUCCAUCGCCGGCAUCAUCGUCGACUGCUGCACCUUCGACCUAUGCCGCAAGUACAACAACAACGGCUACACCAGCAUGUUGCUCUACUCGACGUCCUACGUGGCCUGGACCUACAUGACCCACACGUUCUCCAACUCCAUUGAAACCAUCCUGUUUGCAGUCUUAUUGACUGUGACGAGUGGAGCGUGUCCAAUCAUGUGCAAACAGAGGCGGGGAGGUCAAAGUUUGUCCCGAGAAACUGCUCUAAUUGCCACGAUCAUGACUGUCGGGACGUUCAACAGACCAACGUUCCUUAUAUUUGCAUUUGUGCCCGUCACUCAUUGGUUGUGGAACAGUGUUAUUUCUGAAAGAAAAUUUUCUGAUAGAAUCAAUUUUGUUGUUAAUCAGCUGUCACUCAUGUCCAUUGUUUGUGUCCUAAUUUCAGUUGUGUUUGUAGUUGUGGAUACGAUUUAUUUCCGAUACGAAUCUGUCCGACAUAUCCCGAAAGAUAUGGAAAAUUGUGUGGUCAGUGACAAAAAGAUUGAGUGUCUUAGGAAAAUGUACACUACGUACAAGCCAUCGGUAGUUAUCUCCCCUUACAACUUCUUAGCGUACAAUUCCCAGUCCAGCAACUUGAGUCGCCAUGGCAACCAUCCUUUCUACUUCCACACACUGGUCAGUCUGCCUUUGUUGUUUGGGCCGAUGGUGAUCUUCGUCUUAUGGCGAAUUCUCAAGAACGUGUUGAAUGUCAUGCUUGGCGGGUCUCUCAAAGUGAACAGCGACUUUCAUCUCGAUGAUGUCUACAUUGUGUCCUGUUUCUCCUUCCCGCUUGUCGUGUUUUCAUGCAUAUCGCAUCAAGAACCCAGGUUUCUACUGCCGCUGUUUCCAUUAGGUGUUGUCAUAGCGACAAAAACAAUGGCGUCAUUCAAGAUGAAGAAGUUGAUUUUUAUGAAGUUCUGCGUGGUCAACUUGCUGGGGCUCCUGGUCUUUGGGUUCCUGCAUCAAGGGGGAAUUGUGCCGGGGAUCUCGCAACUGCAGAAGAAGAUCGCCUCAAACAAAGGCGAUAGUCACGUCGUUUUCUACCACACCUACAUGCCGCCAGAACAUCUCUUCCUCCAUCCAGAAGAGUCGGAGUCGAAACUGUACAUCUACGAUCUCGGAGGGGCAUCGUUUGAAAAGCUGGAGAAGAAAAUGGAAAGUAUCAGAACCAUUGCUGCGGACAAACCUCAAGAUGAAAGGAGUGGAAUUUGGGUCGUGGCGCCGAAAACGGUGGUAGCAGACGUGAGAAAGCUGAGCGUCAAGUAUGGCACUGUGGACAAAUAUUGGCAUCUGAGUAUGGAAAAUCCGCCCAGGAUGGUAGAAUGGUUUAAACGGGAGCUGUCGUUUUCGGAGAUUGUAGGUGAUUUUAGUCUUGUUGUUGCCGAAGUCAAGUCAUGGAAGCUGUUUAAAGAUGGUGGCCAGACUAAGAAGAAGAGUUCUGGUUGAUCUUUUUGAAUUACCGUGAUGACAUCAUUCUCGUCCAUCAGAAAACAUACUGUUUGUACCACAUCUAUUUAUUAUCACUGGAGAGAUUAUUUGGAUAUUAGGUGAUAUAUAUUUUUUUAGUUCGUUUACGAUACCAACCAACACAAAAAACUGAAUUAGGAAAAAAGUAAAUAUCCGUCUCUAUUUUACAAUUAGGUGAAAUGAAAAACACACACAAGAUUAUAUCACUGCUGUGAGUUAGAAAUUGUCAAUUAUACACACAGAAAUUGUGAUUAUUAGUUGAGAAAACAAUUGCUCUCGUAUCUUUCCAUAUCAUUUUGCAAUCACUUCCAUGAUGAUGUGACCUACGAGUUUGUUUUUUUAUUCAUUACUAUCAGUAGUAAUCUGGAAGAUUUUUUAUAUAUUUUUUCGACCAGCUACAUUGAAUUUUAUUCUAAAUGUUUUGUAAACCAAAUAAAAUGUAUUAUCUUGUGUUGGAAGAGUUUUGCCUGAUGAUAUCUCAUGCAACGCAGAGAUCAUGUCAUACGUCCAUUUCGUGAACAAUUGUGCUGUUAGGAUUGGAAAAGUCUUUAUCAUUGAAGGAUUAUUAUUGUGACUGAAGGGGCAGUCGGGUAGCCUAGUGGUUAAAUCGUUCGAAGAAGACCCGGGUUCGAUUCCCCACAUGGGUACAAUGUGUGAAGCCCAUUACUGGUGACCCCUGCCGUGAUAUUGCUGGAAUAUUGCUAAAAAUGGCGUAAAACCAUACUCACUCACUCAGUGUUGUGAUUGAACAGUGUUGCUAAGAUGUCAUGAAUAGAAUACUGUGAGCAUUGUCUCAGUUCCUUACCAGAUAAAAAAAACAUCUUAUUUAAUCAUGUUUCUCAAAUAAUAUUUUAGAUAAGAAAUUUUGUUGGUCACACAAUUGUUUACAGAAUAGAUUGGAUGUCAUUUCCACUAGGGCUGGGACGAGUCCAAAUUUACACCCCGGGUGCCCACCCCCUAUUACCCGACCCUACCCAGGUACCCGCUGUAGGUCUCAAGAGACAGGUACAAAAUGUCCUAUUGGGAAAUGUUGACC